AUGGAGGUCGAAGAGAAUGGACAUGAUGCACAGAUGCUGGAUGAUGCAGGCAAUGGAAACAACAUCUUGCUUGCUGUAGGAGUCAUCUAUCCUCCUCCUGAAAUAAGAGGCAAGCCUCGAAUUGCCGACAAGGCUGCCGAAUACUUUGCAAAGAAUGGUCCUAGCUUUGAAGAACGUAUUCGUGAGAAUGAAAAGCAUAAUCCCAAAUUCUCUUUCUUGAAUCCUAAUGAUCCAUAUCGUGCGUACUAUGAGCACAAGAUUCGUGAAUUCCAAACAAAAAAAGAUCUGCCAGAAGGAAAAGACGAUGAAAAGGGUGGUGAAGCUCGUAAACCUAUAGUACCUGUAGAAGUCAAACCCCCUCCUCCUGAACCUCCCAAGUUUGAAUUCAUGGCUGAUCCACCACCAAUAUCCACUCAGGAUUUGGACAUUGUAAAACUAACAGCACAAUUCGUCGCUCGUAACGGUCGUCAAUUCAUGGCUUCACUAGCAUCACGAGAACAACGAAACUACCAAUUCGAUUUCCUAAGACCAAAUCAUUCCGUCUUCCCUUAUUUCAUAAAACUUGUUGAUCAAUAUGCCAAGGUACUGCUACCUUCCAAAGAAACCUUGUCGGGUCUGGAGCAGAAUUUUGAUAAUAAGCCGGUUGUGCUAAAGAGGAUUAUUCAGAGGGUUGAAUUCAAUUCUUGGAUGGAUGAACAGAAGAAGAAGGCUGAACAGGAAGCUGAUCAAGAGAGAAUCGCAUUCGCCAUGAUUGAUUGGCACGAUUUCGUCGUGGUCGAUACCAUAGAAUUUGUUGAAUCAGACGAAAUGCUGGAUCUGCCUCCUCCAAUGACAUUGACUGAGCUGGAAAACAUGACAUUGGCACAACGCAAGACCAACUUGGUAUUGAAUCAAGAUACAUUCCAAGACGGCGGCGACAUGGAGAUGGAUGUCGACGAGGAACCUGCCCAUAAAGUAUCGUUACCACCUCGACCUGGUCCAGUCAGCUUCCCACCACCAAACAUGGCACCACCUUCUAGUGCACCUCCUCCCCCAUUGCCUGGUAUGCCAGUAGCACCUCCUUCUAUCAGAGCGGAAGGAUCUCUCAAAGUUGUGUCUGGCUAUGUUCCAAAAGCUGCAUCGAGACCUGGUGCAUCAUCAGAACCAACACAAACAUGUCCUCGUUGUGGUCAAGCAAUCCCCAUUUCAGAAAUGGAUGAACACGUCCGUAUCGAACUGUUAGAUCCUAAAUGGCGAGAGCAAAGACAACGUGCUCAAGCUAAACAGGGAGAUAGUAACCUGAAUAUGGGUGUAGAUGUAGCCAAGAACUUGUCUCGAUUGUCAGAUUAUCGAACUGAUAUCUUUGGAUCAGAAGAAACCAGUGUUGGGCGUAGAAUUGCUGAGGAGAGGGAAAAGGCUGCUGGAAAGGAACGGAUUGUGUGGGAUGGUCAUUCUGGAUCUAUACCUUCGGCAACUAUGGCUGUUGUAGCAGGACAGUCGGUUGAUGAGCAGAUUGCAGCUAGACAGAGAUAUCAACAACAGCUCAUGGAUGAGGCCAACAAGAUUGGUCCUCAAAUGGGCCCGGGACCUACUACAACAGCACCACCACCAUCAUUUACUCCUACAGGUCCACCGUCAUUUCAGCCACCACCAGCCAUGCCUCAACAACUACCACCUGCAUAUAAUCAACCACCACCACAGCAAUCAUUCGGUCAACCACCACCAUCCUUCAAUCCCCCUCCCUUUAUUCCAGGUAUGCCACCAAUGCCGAUGGGCGUGCCUCCAAUGCCACGUCCCGUAGGACUUCCGCCACUACCAAUACCGGGAACGAUGGCUUCAAUGCCUCCUCCUCCAUCGCUACCAGGUAUUCCUCCAUUACCAAGACCUGUAGCACCAAUAGCAUCAUUACCGCCACCUCCAUUACCACCGAUAUUAGCACGUCCCAUUCCACCAAUGCCCCCCGUUAAACCUAUAACAAAGGUGCCUGAAGAUAGAACAGAUAGCGAUGCUAAACGACAGAAGAUGGAUGAACCAGCUACUCCUACAGUUCCUGGUGGUGCUCUUCCUGGUUACUUACCUGAAGCCGAAUGGAUUCAGCAGCAUCCAGAUGCAUUCGAAAUCACGAUUCAACCACAAGAAGGCCCAUCAUUCACCAUUCCAGAUUUGAAAUCUGACAUGCUCACAAGUGCACUAAUGGAGAAAAUCAAAGGAAUCACAGCAAUUGCACCAUCCAAGCAAAAGUUGGUUGUGCGGGGUAAAGAUGUCCUGCUUGGUAGAAACAAGUUGGCAUUUUAUAAUUUGAAGGGUGGAGAUGUGAUUGCUAUGUCUACUCGUGUUAAAAAGUAG